AUGUUUAUAUCUAUCUAUCUAUCUAUCUAUCUAUCUAUCUAUCUAUCUAUCUAUCUAUGUUUCUCUUUGUCUGUCUGUCUCUUUCUCUUUUUCUCUCUCUCUCUCUAUAUAUAUCAUUCUGUUCAUAUCUAUCUAUCUAUCUAUCUAUCUAUCUAUCUAUCUAUCUAUCUCAGUCUCUCCAUAUUUAAUCUAUUUCAUUAUGUCCAUUUAUAUCUAUAUAUAUAUCGGUCUCUUAAUAUCUAUCUACCUAUCUAUGAAUCUAUCUAUCUUGGUUUCUUAAUAUCUAUCUAUCUAUCUAUCUAUCUAUCUAUCUCGGUUUCUUACUAUCUAUCUAUCUAUCUAUCUCCUUCUUUGGAUGGAACGGGAAGGAGUGUUUCGCUGAGAAAGGAUCGAUUUUCAGAGAGACACGCGAAUACAUUUCCUAUUACAAAACAAUCACAAUCUGGCUAUCUCUUUCUCUUUUCGUUCUCUCUCUCACUCUCUCUUUCACUGACUUCUCUGGGACUCUAG